CGAUAAACUCUAGUAAGCUCAACAAUUGUGCCAUUGCUAUCACAGCUACACUUCAGAACAGCAUAGCAGAAAGAUAUAAUGGCUGGCCUUCUUUCCUCCUUGUUGCUCCUCUCCCUCUUCUUUUCAAUGGGGCAGCUACAACUGCAGUAUCCAGUGGGUGACAUUCGCAAUUGUCCUUUCAAUCAGUUGCGGGAUCCCAAUAUGUCCCUACUCACCAUGGAUGCACUCCCUGGCCUUGGUUUUGAUAAUCUUCGCAACCUUGACACUGGAAGGAUAUUCAGUAUCAAGUAUACAGACUGUCAGAUAUCAGGUGAUGGCCAGUAUCUCCUCCCUGAUAAUAUAUUCCUCAUCCCAAUACUAAACAGUGAGGUAGACUACUCUGCUGAAAUAUUUGAGCACUUUGAUGACUGGAAAUCAACUACUGCUACUUCCAUUAACGUCGAAGCUAAAUAUGGGAGUGCUUUCUCAAAAGUCAGUGGCAAGUUUUCAACUGAUUAUCAAGAUACUAAGACUAAAAUGGUCAAUAGCAAGUCUCGCUCGGUAAGGGUUGGCCUUCGCCAUCACUUGUAUUCGGCUCAUGUUAAUCCUGAUGCUGAACUCCAUCCGUCCUUCAAAUCCCGGGUCCUAGAGAUUGCUGCCAACAUACAGAACAACAACACAAGAGUAGCUCAUUAUCUUACUGAUCUCUUGAUACGCGACUAUGGCACUCAUGUCGUUAACAGCAUUAAUCUUGGUGCUUCACUUUAUCAGACUACGUUUCUUCUCAAGAGUUCCUCCCAAACUACAGAGAGCACUCAAUUGAAUAUAUCGGCUUCAGCUUCUGCUAGUUUCUUUAGCUCGUUCUCCAUCACUACCAACUUUAAGUUUUCUAAAAGUCACGUUGAUACUGAAGGGUUCAGCAGUUCAACGACUCAUUCACAUGUAUCCACUCACGGUGGACCUCCUUUCAAGCUAGGCAAUUUCUCUUAUACUGAUUGGGAGGAUGGCUUGCUUGAUCAUCUUGUUGCUAUUGAUCGUCGCGGUGAACCGAUUUACACUGCCAUAAGUACAUCGAAUCUACCCGAACUCCCUGAUAUAUUGCUACUGGAAACAAUACAGUAUAUCUACAAGUCUGUUAAUAAAUAUUACAAAAUCAACACGCACUACGGUUGCACAGAUCCGGACUCGGCAAAUUUCAAUUUUCAAGCAAACCUUGACGAUAACUCUUGCUCCAUGAUAAGGCAGAACCACAGCUUUGGUGGAAUAUUUCAAACGUGUGUCAACUAUGAUGAUUAUGACGUGUGCAAUGAAUUGUCAUUGGAGCAUCAUAAUCCACUGACAGAGGAUUUCUCCUGCCCCACUGGCUACAAGCCAAUACUGCUCCACACUGAUGCUGCCACUACGUCGUACAUAGAGAAUGACUGCAAGAGGCACUGUGGAUUCUUGCACAUUAGCUGUCACUAUAAUUGUAAUAAGAGAACUAUCAUUAAGCAUGCAACCUAUCAUGCUUAUUGGUGUGUUUUUCCUCCUAAGGCAACAGUCCCUUCUGAUUCUGGGUAUGUAUUUGGUGGUGUGUACACAUCAAAGGAGCAAAACCCACUCACUGGUGCUAGGUCAUGCCCCAUGUUUUUCUAUCCGCUAAACUUUGGCAAGGACAUCAGUGUCUGUGUUAGUAAUGACAUUGAAGCUGAGAGCUUGGGUAUACCGUUUGGUGGGUUUGAGAGCUGUCAGACAGGCAACCCUUUGGCAUCCUCCACUAAUCAGUUUGCUGCAGGUAUAUACCCUCACAGCUGUCCUGUUAAAUACAACCAGUUCUUGGCAGCAGUUGAUCAAGGAUGCAUCAUCAAUUACUGCUCUGUGGUGGAAGCAUUUAAAAAGCAACUGCCACAUCCUCCUCGCUUGCCUCCUUAUAAAGUCAAAGCUGAUCUCUCUAUCAAUGUUAGCAACACUCUUGCCAUCACUGGACCAUAUGGAUCACUGUGGGUCAAAGAAUCGGAUGGAACUUGGACCAAGUAUACUAAAGGACAGUACACAUCUGGUGCAUCGUAUCUUGAAUCACUGAGUAGCAAUGGUCAAACAGUGGAUCCUAUUACUGGUAAUGUUGAAUCAAAAAGUACAAGCAGAGCAGUCAUUGCUGGUCUUAUCAUUGGUACCAUCAUUAGCACACUUCUCACCAUCGCUUUUAUUGCAUUUAUUGUUUUCGGUAUACGAAAAUGGAGAUCCAAGAGGAAGCAAAAAAGUAAGAAGUCUUCUCAAAGGUACAUGGAUCUUGAGGACACAUUUGAGUCUACUACUGAAGUGGAGGAUAGUCAGCCACAGCAGUCAAAGGAUGAUCCUUUAAUUCGUGAACUAACCCUGAGGAUCCAAAAAUAAUUGAAUUUUGAACACAUCAAUUAGUUUAUCUAAAAAUGCAAUGUAGAUCUAGAUCUACACUUGUGUGUGUGUGUAAAUGUGUGUUUUAAAUGUGUAGUGUAAUUAGAAAACAAGGACAAAAAUCUUAUAGAGCUACCGGAAAUAAUAAGAAUGAGAAGUGGGCUGGGCUUGGAAGCUCAUUUGUUCGUAGGCCGUAUUAGCUUGUUGAUUCUCGUCUGCUCUCGCCUGUUUAUAAUUAUAGCCUGGAUUGUAGUGUCUAUGAUCUAUGGCAGCACCAAAACCUGAAGCUGGCUCUAUUCAAGGAGAGGUCUUCUCUGAUAUAAUCCAGUCUUAUAUUACGCCGACAAAGGGAAGGGAGCUAAAGAUUGUGGUUGUGGGAGAGGCAGGGCAAGGGAAAUCUACCCUCAUCAAUGGACUCCUUGGGAAAGAAGUGGCAAACGAAGGAGAUCAGUUCGAUGCUGGUACUGCUGAAAUCAAGUAUUAUAAUUUAAAUCAGAAUGGGAUAUCGGUCAAAAUAUGGGAUACUCCAGGGUUUGGGUUUGGAAGUGAGGAAGAAGACCAGAAGAUGGUGGAACAGCUCCGUCGCAGUGAUUGCUUUCCUCACGAUUUGGCUUUGUUUUGUUUUAGGAUGGAUGGCACCAGGUUUCCAACAAGAGUUCACACCACCACUGUGAAAA